GUCUAAAAUGACGAAAUAACCGGGAGUGACCUUUUGAACUAAUGGGCGUAAACGUUGACGUACAUGUGCUUUUGAAAGCGCUGACACUGAAGAUACCAGGGUAGUUUGGCUAGUUAAAUUUACAGGAUGUCGGACAGCGAGUCCAUCAAAAAAAUGUUGCGGUCUGUACUCCAGUCCAGCAAGGCAGGCGUGUCUAUUAGCACCCUCCAGUCAGAGUACCGGUCACUGUGCGGAGAGAGCAUCCCGCUGAGGAAGCUGGGCUACUCACAAUUGGAGGACUACCUCAGGAGCAUCCCCUCUGUGGUCCGCCUGGAGCAUCGCAUGGGUGAAAUGAAAUGCUUCGCUGCAGUGUGCCGAGAGACAGCCCACAUCGCUGAGCUGGUGGCCAAGCAGAAGAGCUCCAAGAAAUCUGGCCGCUCGCAAUUCGUGAACUGCAAAAUGAGAUUCAAACCUUCCAACCCAUACAUGCUCAAUGUGAGGCCAAGGUCCUCUCUCCGCCAACCCUCAGCUCAUAGUGCCUCUAACUGGUCAACAAACCGUUCUUGGUCCCGCGGCGGCUGCAGAGGCUUCAGCGCCUCAGGAGAUUACAGAAAGUUGGACCAAAGAUUAAGCUCUACCACCCCGGUGGAACACAGACAACAGGCUCCUCAACCAGCUGUAAAACAGUCUUUCAUGCCUGACAGGAAGGAGAAGAGCUUGGUAAACUGUCAGACACCCAAAGGGACGCUGGACCUUCUUGUGACUCCUGCCGAACAAGUCUCCAGACUCGGCCAAUCCCAGUAUGACGUGGAGCUGGUACAGAACAACAUAACUAAGCUCCUGGAGAAAUACAACAGUGGAUUGUGGAUGUCGAAACUAUCCAAGGUCUACGGUGAAAUGUUCGGUCAGAAGCUACACCCUCAGGCGCUCAUAGAGCUGAAAAAGUGGACACACAUUGUUAUGGUGGAGCAACCUUCCAGCACCAACCGAGCCGACUGCCUUAUCUACCCUCCUCUUCCUCCUAAGCCUUUCCCUAGAAGUAGCGUCCCCAACACACCCCCAACAUCAUCCACCGAUUCUAAUACCAUCACCACAUUCACUUCUUCACGCCCCUCAACACCUGAACAACCUUCCACCCCCCUCCUUCCUACCCCUGUCCCUAAACCUAGAGGUUCCCUAUUGGCUAAAUCCACUUUCGUUUUUCAUCCACAACUUGGUGCUGCCUCUUCAGACAAGAUGUUGCCGUCAGUCACAUUGCGCAGCCCUGCCCGCAACCCAGCUCUUGGUUUGCAACUGCCCCCCCGUGAUUAUCUUGCAGUCAAUGGUGGAUGUAAAGAUAAUAACAAUUUGCCUCCAACUACCCUCAACCAAAACACUCGGCACUUUGCCCCUGCCUGGACUUGCGCUGCAUCAACGAACGCUCCUUCGUUGGCUUCCUCCCUCAAACAUGGCCCUGAAAUGUUACCCCUUUUGAAGGUCACCUUCUCCCCUACCUCUGAUUCUGUCCCUUGUCCUUUAAAAUCGACUGCUGGUCUUGUGUCGGCUGAGGUGCGUGAGAGACUAAAGGAGCUUCUGUCCAAGUAUAGACAAGGUCUUUGGGCCCACGCUUUGCCCAAACUCUUUAUGGACACAUACAAGACACCGUUCCCCGAACAUGUUCUGAACAACUUGUCUCUUUUGCUGGAUAUAUGCACUGUGGAGUACCCUAUGCCGCAUGACAAGAAGAAGGCCAUCCUGUAUAACUCAAGCAUAGCAGACAUGGAAGCCACAUACAGCCAAGAAAUCCAGCAGUGCAGAAGCCGUCCCCUUCCCUCUGGUUUGGAGGUCAUGGGUCCUGUUUUGCCUCCCUGUCUGGUUCUUCCCUCAGAGCAGUACCCCUCUGUGCUGAUUACCGAUGCCAAGGGCAGCAAUGCUGUUACUGUAAGGUAUGUAGGGGAGAACUACUCCAAUGCCCAGGAGGCCAUGGAGGAGGCCAUGCAAUCUUUCUACAGCCAAAGCUCCACCCACCGUCCUCUCUCCAAACCUGUUGUUGGUCAGUUGGUAGCAGUCAGAGGGGAGGAUGGAGAAGAGCUGGCAAGAGCUCAAGUCAUGGAGAUUAUGACCCUUAACAGGUUCAAGGUAUACUAUGUGGACUAUGGCUUCUCUGUGGAAACCAGUGGGACUAAUCUGAUGGAGCUGCACAAAGACUUCCUCUCUCUGCCCUUCCAGGCUAUCAGUGUUAGACUUGCAGGUCUAGAGGCAUUCAGCUCCCAUCCACUGGUGCUGUCCACUUUGGAAAAGUUGGCAGUCGGAAAGAUCCUGCUGAUGGAGACAUUAGAGCCGUGUCAACACAAUGAGACGCCUGUGGCAUUGCUGUACGACACUUCGCAGGCUGAUGACAUUAACAUCAACUCCACCUGCCUGAAGAUUCUCCAGGACGUGACCAUGAACAAUCCUCUGACUGUAAAUGCUACCUAUCAGGAUGUGUGUGUCACAAAUGUGUGUGCAGAUGGUAUAAUCUACUGCCAGCUGCCCUCCAGAGGAACUGCAAGACUCCGCAAGUUACUGGAAGAAACGGAGACCUUCUUCAUCUCCCAGAUGACUUCUGAGUCCCUGGUGUCCAGACCAUUCAGUGGCAAGUUCUGUCUAGCCCGCUACAAAGGAAUGUGGUCCAGAGUGGAGAUCACCAACAUGUACAGCAACAGAGUGAUUGAGAUCCUCUACAUUGACAUGGGUGUCGCAGCAACUGUAGAGGUCACUGAUCUCCGAGAGAUCCCACCUCUUUUUCUCAAGAACUUUACCAUCAUCCCGCCACUGGCUAUCAAAUGUCGCCUGGCUGACGUCACAGUUCCAGAGGGAGACUGGAGUCCAGAGGCCGUUGUGUGGGUGAAGGAGGCUGUCUUGGGCUCUGAAGACUGUAAGAUGAAGAUCUUGAAAUUAGACCAGCGCAAAGGGGACGUACUGGUCUAUAUGUACCUCUUCAUUGGUGCUGACAGUCAGGAGCUGGACAAGAGCAUCAACCAUCAGCUGGCACAGUCAGAGUUGUGGCAGAAACUCACAACACAGAACAACCACAACACAAUUAUUGGCAAAAACAGCAGCGUGGAUACAGUGGAGAAGUUGACUCUGAGCAGCCCGGUCCCAAACCACAUCGUCAAGACCUCAACCCGACCUCUUCACGGAGCAGAGGACUCAUAUUCUGCAGACACGACCACCAAAAUUGGGAUGCAGCCACUUCCGAUGCCCCCCCCUCUGGAAUUCCCCCAGCCUGGUCAGAAUAUGGAUGUGUUUGUGCCUGUGGCCUGCCACCCUGGUUACUUUGUGCUGCAGCCGUGGCAGGACCUGCAUAAGCUGGUGGUGUUGAUGGGGGAGAUGAUCCUCUAUUAUAACCAGACGUUGAAGACCAACUCAGCUCCACACAUCCAGAGAGGAGAGAUCUACGCUGCAAAAAUAGUCAAAAAUUGGCACCGUGUGCAGGUGAAGGGGAUUCUGUCCAAUGGGUUGGUUUCUGUCUUUGAGUUGGACUACGGCAAACAUGAGCUGGUCCGCAGUACUCUCCUCAGGCCUCUGAUAGAGGAAUUCAGACAGCUGCCCUUCCAGGCUAUCGCUGCACAACUUGCUGGUAUGACACCGCAACAUUGGUCAGAGGAGGCCUCCAUGUUAUUCAGGAACCACGUGGAGGAUCGAGCGCUGGUAGCCCUGGUGGAGAGUGUGUCGGAGGUUAAACGUGAGAUGUGGGAACGCAGGUUGACGGUUUACCUGGUGGACACUACAUUGGAGGACAAGGACCUUUGGAUUCACAGCAUCAUGGCCGACAUCAGCGGUGAGCUGUCUUCGGCAGCCUAGGA